CCUCUCUGUGAUGCUGCCGACCAUUCCAAUAUUACACAUGCUGAGGAGUCCCUCACGCCGGGUCCCGAUAGGAUGAAGACUUGCACUGCACGCUGAAACAACGAGGGGGGAAGUCAAGAUGAAGAUAAGAGUGUGUCAAGGGGUUGGUGGCAUCAUCAUCGUUACCAUGGUUACAGGAUUUAUGGUGGUGUACAACAUCUCUUGUGGGAGCUCACCUUCCUCUGCCUCCAGAUCACCAUAUUCCCAGCACGUGGAUGCUGCAGCCCCAGCCACCAAGAGACCAGACAGUGUGCAGGCAUCUACUCUAGAUGGGUUUGCAGGUGUUAUGGACUUUAAGCCUCUGAGGAUGCACUGCAGUACAUGCGCCCUAGUGACCAGCUCUGGCCACCUGACUGAUAGCAACAGGGGCAAGGAAAUUGACCGCUCAGAAUGUGUCAUUCGGAUGAAUGAUGCUCCCUGCGCAGGUCAUCACCUGGACGUUGGCAGGCGCACAAGUCUGCGUGUUGUUGCACAUUCUAGCCUGCAAAGGGUUCUCCGGAGAAGACAGGAGCUGCUUAACGGGAGUCAAGAAACAAUAUUCAUCUUCUGGGGACCAAGCAGCUGCAUGAGACGGGAUGGUAGAGGCCACGUUUACAACAACCUUAGACUAUUAAAACAUCUACUUCCCAAACUUAAAGUGUACACAAUAUCCAGGACAAAGAUGCUGAAGUUUGAUGAGUUAUUCAACAAGGAAACAGGAAUCGAUAGAAAGAGGUCCAACUCCUGGCUGAGCACCGGCUGGUUCACCAUGGCUAUAGCCCUGGAGCUGUGUGACAGGAUCAAGGUAUUUGGUAUGGUGCCCCCUGAUUUCUGCAGAUCCUCCUCACAUCCCAUGGUGCCGUAUCAUUACUACGAACCCUCAGGGCCAGAUGAGUGCUCCAUGUACCUCCUUCACGAGGGAAGUCGAAUAGGAAGCCACCACCGUUUCAUCACAGAGAAGACUGUGUUUUCAAACUGGGCACGGACUCUAAAUAUCCAGUUUUAUCAGCCUGACUGGAAGCCCUCUGCUCUCGUCCCAAAUAUGAACAGCUCGCACUUUUUCAGUCCAGAAGGAUCCUGAAACUGUUUCCAUAGAUCUGCUGGAAAGAACAGUGAAGAGCUCCUCUUUGAACAUGGUGAAUCAGCAGGGCUGGCCCAAGAUUGAAAUGGGCCCUGGGCAAAAUUUAGGUUUGCAAAUAUGAUUAUUACCGCCACAAACUUCUCAUUUAUUUAAAAGAUAAAAAAAAACAAACACUGAAGAUAAAUUAUAUG